CCCCCAAAAGCAAUUUAUAGACAAUCCCUUGCUGUGACGUUGACCUUGAAAUAGAUGAUCCCUGAGAAGAAGAGAUACUUAAAAGGGUUGGAAGGAGACCAUGGUUUCCGUAGCAACGGUCCAGCAACUCCUCACGCCUGCGUUCACGGUUGAUAUCCGGAAGGUUGAACGUAACGCCAGGAAAAUGCUCGAGCGCAGCCAGGCCCUGGGCGUCCAACUCCGGCCGCACAUGAAGACCCACAAAACGGUGGAGUGCGCGGACAUCAUGACGGGCGGUUGUAGGCGCCGCAUCGCCGUGUCCACGCUGGCCGAAGCUCGCUUCUACGCGGACUGUGGCUUUGACGACAUCCUGUACGCCUUCCCGCUGCCCAGGGACAAGGUGGCGGCCUGCGCGGAGCUGGCCGAGCGCCUGGACCGGUUCCAGGUGCUGCUGGACAGCGCAGUGGCGGUGACGGAGCUGGAGAAGAUGCGGCUGAGCGGCGGCAAGUCGUGGCUGGUGUGGUUGAAGCUGGACUGCAACAACGGACGAGCUGGGGUUCGACCUGAAGACUCGGCUGCGUUGAGCCUGGCGAAGUCUAUAGCAGACAGCGAGGCGCUGGAGCUGGUGGGAGUGUACGCUCACUGUGGAAACUCCUAUGAUGCGGCUGGCAUUCCGGAGAUCCAGGCAGUGGCCCUGGAAACCACCAUGGCCACGUUGAAAUUUGUGGAGAAGUUGGGGAGGGCGGGUGUGAAGUGUCUGCGCAGUAGUAUCGGGUCAACACCCACCUGUAGUCACCCCGUGCCAGAGAUGGGGCAUCUCAACGAACUCCACCCCGGCAACUACAUCUUUUACGAUGUUCAGCAGAUGUUGAUUGGCUCCUGCCAGCUGGAUGACGUGGCGGUGCGGGUGAUGACGAGGGUCAUAGGUCACUAUCCUCACCGCAACCAGCUCCUGGUAGACUGCGGCUGGUCGGCACUCAGCCUGCACGGGAUGGGCAAGAUGCCCACCGGCUAUGCCAUCGUAGAUGGACACCCCGACCUGAAGUUGGUUGGGAUGACCCAGGAACAUGGGAGGAUCGAACCCAUCUCAGGAAAGCUGGAUGUGGACAAGUUUCCACAUGGGACCCUCCUCUCACUCAUCCCUUAUCAUGCCUGUGCUACAGCUGCAAUGCACGCUGUCUACUUUGUUCACUCGGAGGGGAGGAUCGUGGAGGAAUGGAGGCCAACACGAGGCUGGUAGAGACGAGGAAGGUUUCACACCUCGCUGUCUGUGCCGCGGAGUGUACACGUCUAGAUCAGUAAUUCACCGUUGAUUUACCGUAAGCUCAAAGCUUACCAUUGGUGUUAGUUCCAAGUUUGGUUUAGUUCAGUGUAGUUUAUUGUCACGUGUAGCGAGGUACAGUGAAAAGCUUUUGUUGCGCGCUAACCAGUCAGCGGAAAGACUAUACACGAUUACAAUCGAGCCGUUCACAGUGUAUAUGGGAAUAUCGUUUAGCGCAAGGUAAAGCCAGCAAAGUCCGAUCAAUGAUAGUCCGAGGGUCACCAAUGAGGUAGAUAGGUCAGGACCGCUCUCUGGUUGUGAU